GAAGACGGGGCUGAGCGGGGCCGGAACCAUGAACCGGAGUUUCCACAAGUCUCAGACCCUGCGCCUCUACAGCUGCAGCGCGGUGGAAGUCAAGAGCAAGUUCGGGGCCGAGUUCCGAAGGUUCUCCUUAGACCGUCAGAAGCCCGGGAAGUUUGAGGACUUCUACCAGCGGGUCGUGCACACCCACCACAUCGCCAACACCGAGGUGACCAUCGGCUACGCAGACGUGCACGGCGACCUGCUGCCCAUCAACAACGAUGACAACUUCUGCAAGGCCGUGUCGAGCGCGAACCCCCUGCUCAGGGUCUUCAUCCAGAAACGAGAGGAGGCGGAGCACGGCCUGGCCACGGGCUCGCUGUCGCGGCGCAGGAAGGCGCUGGCGCUGCGGGAGGAGGGACCGCGCCGGCGCGCGCACCUGCACAUCGGGCUCCCACACGACUUCCGCCCCGUGUCCUCCAUCAUCGACGUGGACAUCCUGCCCGAGACGCACCGGCGCGUGAGGCUGUACCGGCACGGCUGCCAGAAGCCGCUGGGCUUCUACAUCCGCGACGGCACGAGCGUGCGGGUGGCGCCGCAGGGCCUGGAGAAGGUGCCGGGCAUCUUCAUUUCGCGCCUGGUGCCGGGAGGCCUGGCUGAGAGCACCGGGCUGCUGGCCGUGGACGACGAGGUGCUGGAGGUGAACGGCAUCGAGGUGGCGGGCAAGACGCUGGACCAGGUGACGGACAUGAUGAUCGCGAACAGCCACAACCUCAUCGUCACGGUCAAGCCGGCCAAUCAGCGCAACAACGUGCUGCGCGGCGGCCGUGCAUCCGGCAGCUCCGGCCGCUCCUCAGACAGCGUGGCCAGUCGCCACAGCCUGCCGGCCGCCGCGCCGCUCAGCCUGCACCCCGACGACAUGGAGAGCGACGAGGAGCCCGACGUCGUGCUCGAGGGCGCCCUGGAGCCCCGGCCGGUGCUGCGGCCGCCCGGCAGCCUCGCCCGGGUCAACGGCGCGGGCCCGGCGUCCGGACUGCCCGGCCUGGGGCGCGAGGGCAGCAUGCUCCGGCUGCUCAGCUCGCUGCGCUCCGACCCCCGCCACAGCCUGGCGCUGCCCCCGGGCGGGGUGGAGGAGCACGGCCCGGCCGUGACCCUGUAGGGGGCGCGGGGCAGCGUCCCGGCCGGGCCCCCGGCAACGCUGGCCACGUGUGUACUCGUUUUAAAAUAAGAAAGUCAUUCUACGUAUCACCCUUCCUUCUGUGGUUUUAUUUAUCCCUCCUCUUCUUCUGCACCCCUACUCUGUUUCAACUUAUGGACAGAAAAUCAAAAUAGUCUAUUUUUAUAAAUUUCUCCACAAACAGGGCACGCGCGCACCAGGCCGGGUGCAGGCCCAGGCCUUUGUGAAGUGGUAGGAAGGGUCUGACCAAGUGCAGGAAAUACUUCACUUUUAAAUUUCAAAAACUUUAUUUUUACAUGAAGCUUUAAAAUUACUUUUUAAAAGGACAAAUUCAUGUUUUUACCUUUGGCCACGCAAACACACGCUGCUUGUUGGCGCGGAGGCCCCUCGGUCUCGCGCCAGCGCUGCGGAUGGGCCGGC